AUGGCCACCGUCCCACACUCAAUUUUUUCAUACAAAGGUUUUGAUAUUGAUAUUGCAUCAAAGAAUGCUGGACCUAUGGUUUUAUUCUUGGGUUCAACUCCGAAUAUGGAUGAAUUAAAGUCUUUUGUUUCAUCACUUUAUGGUGAAUGUAAAAUAGUACCAUCUCCACAAGAAAGAAAGGCCUUGCAAUCUUCAUUGGAACAUGCUGAACCUGAAUUGAUUCAAGGAGAUGUAACCUUUGUGCCAAAGAAACCAUGGGAAGGUUUAAAGUUCCCAGAAUUGAGACCAUUAAAUAAGACAGAACAAGAAAAGAAAUUAGAUGAUAUUGUUGCUGAAAAGGGAUCAUCUGAUGAAUUCAAAGAUGCCUAUAAGGUUCAACUUAUUAAGAAGGCUGAAAUUGCUUUGUACAAAUUGAAUCUUGCCAAUAAGAGACAUCAAGCUUUGAUGCUUAAGAAUGAGCUUGACACUUAUCGUACAGUUGCUCGUGAAUAUGGUGAAAAUUCCAGAGCUCGUGUUGAACAUCAAUUGAGACUUGAAUCUCGUUUGGUUGAUCUCUAAAUCAUGAUCCUUUUGUAUAAAUAAUUGUAAAUUUACCCAAUAUAAUAAUAGCACUAUCUUUGCACUGAUUAUUUGAUAAAUUUUUCAAUUU